AUGCUCAGAAAUCUUAAAAUCGUUGCUUUCUUGGCCAAUUUAUCUCUUUCACUCCAGAAUGAGUUCCCUCCACAUCCGGCCACUUGCUCUAUUUCUGCUACCGCAAAAUUGGCAGCGUCACUUCGCCUUAGCGCUAGCUUUCUUCUUGAGAGUGCACGGCUUUUUGACAAUGCCCAGACAGCCAGUCUUCCGAAAAUCAGCAUUGCAAGAGAUCAAGCCUUAACGAAAAGCCUGCUUGCCGAGCAAACACUUGCUCCCUUGUCGGAUCUCAGUAGCCUGAGUCUACCGGAGACAACUGCUGCCCCUCCGAUUUCGCCAGUAUGCCUAACAGAAUGGAGCAUUGUUCAAGAAGCAGCGAAUAUCGGCAAGACAGAAUAG